AUGUUAUCAUUGAUCACUCUUAUCAGUGCACUCAUUUAUCCUGCUCAAAGCGUAAAAAUAGUUUCGACUUCAACCAUUAUCGAGUCUGAAACUCCUACUGUCAUCUUAAAAGAGCCUACUUCAAAAAGUGAGGAGCAGUUAGUUACUACAGAAGGACGAUUCAUUAUAGCAGAAGGAAAUUCAAAUCAUUUAUUUGAGCCGUCCGAUUUCAUAAAAGAGCAUAUUGUUCAAAAUUACGACGAUAACACCAGAAGAACAAAAACUGAUGAAAACGUUAGAUCUUCAAAUGAUGAUACGCACAUUCAAGUAAUCGAAAAUCAUUUUAUUCAUUAA